AUGGAUCCAAGUUCAUUGUCGUCAAUCAGUAUGAGUCUGGACGAUACAUUUUUCUCUGAAAACGAGGAGUCUCAAUCGGAUAUGUUCAGCAGCGAUGGGUAUAGCGUUGUUUUUGGACCUGGUGAGGCUUCAGACAUUACGAUGCCUUUCACAGAUGUACCGUCCAUGCGUUUGAGUGGAAUCACACUAGAUGGUAUGGUAAAUACCGUGGUAAAGAACUGUUCUUACCCCAAGAUAUCUGCAGAGCAUGUUAACGUUGUCAACUUUGCUCUGAAGAAGGGGCACCUGUUCAAAAUCGCAGACACGACGAUUAAUUUAAUUGGUGCACCAACCAAAGAAAGGGCAAUGCGAAUUUUGGAUGAGCUGGCAUCUAUUUUCCCUAAGUCUCUGAAUGCUAAGUUGAGGUGGUGGGCUCCCGUAGCAGAUGGCGAGGUUACGUCCUUGAAGCCAAUUGGGUAUAAUCCUUUUGACAACACGUUUUACGAGCAACCAGAGGUCAAAGAUGGUUACGAUGGGGUGGAGCAUACUGUUUUCGUUCUUUAUUACUGUGAUGAGGCCGUUCAAGACACAACUGAGGCGUUUAGUCGUUUGGUAGCUGGCGGCCAAGUUCCCCCUCCAGCAGACUCCAUCAUUCUCCCUCUCGCGGAUUAUUUAUUGGACCCAACUGCUCACUUAUGCUCACAGAUUCCUGCAUCUAUGCGUAGUCCUUUGGUUGAGGUCGAAAUCAAUGGUCGUUUGUACCGCGUGCCCUUCACGGUGAGUUUACUGGAGACUAUAAGCGCCGAUCAACUGCUACGCAAAGGCGGACGAGUUGUUUCUCUGUCUUAUUGGAAUCCCCUUGGCGUGAUGGCUGCUCUAUACGCCACAUCAGUUAUCGCAUUUUUGACCAUAGUGUUGUUGUUGGCUGUAUCCCCGCUUGUGUUCUUUUUGAUUUUCAGCAGUAACCCAUGUGCUCGGUUUUUCAACCCAUCAACCUGGAUCUUAACCAAUUCUGAUUGUGGGGUGAACCAGUCGAUCACAGCCGGCUCAGCGGUAAAGACUGGGUGUUUUAGUUUCGGCCACACUAACAAUAACAUCUCCUCAGUGGGCCAUGCACUUGAACCAGAUUUACUCAAUACCUUCAUUAGGAAGACAAGUCUGGUCACCGAUAUGGCUGUCUCUGCUACCAACGCUGUUACUGUCUCUGUCGCUUUAGCUGUGCGCCUAAGUUAUGAGUAUCUAUCUGCACAAUUCCGAUCUUUUUGGGCGUAUGUGAAGCAUCUAGAAACACGUGCAAAGCAUUCAGAAAAAGUUCGUCAAUAUAAACAGGAACAUGCGAAAGUUGUUUCAAAAACUCUUACUUGUGACUCUGCAGGUUUUACCGCACAUUUUGGAACCCCUUCACCUACUGAUUCAUGUGCAAACUUUGAUGUAUCUCUCUCUGAUGUUCUCGAGGCUCAUGUUAAUCCUUUUUUGAGUUCCGUACAGAGCUCCGUACGACACUCUACCGGCACCGGCCUGGAUCAUUUGAACCAAGCUUAUAAGGCCAUUGCACCCAAGAUUGAGUGGUUGACCCACCCCAAACAAGCGUGGAGAGACGAUCUUAUCGUUAAGAUGCAGAGUGCCAAGGGGGCCGUAUGGGCAAAUGUUGACAGAUCCUGCCAACAGAUUAAGCACAGUAUUCAACAGACCGGCAAAUCUUUCUCGAAAACCGCAAGAAGCGACUGGUCACAUGCAUCGAAGUGGGUUGGCGAUAUGCGGGGCGGGAGUUCCAAAGGAAUUUCCAGAGCUCACAAAUGGUUCCUAGAUAAAUAUGGCAAGCGAGAAAGCUUUACAAGAGCGUCGGAAGCUGGGUAUAAACGGGCACAAGCAGGACUCGACUGGCUCAAACGGAAAGCGAGUCGGGUGAACGUCCGGCCAUUUUUCAAACAAUAA